AUGGCCACGCUGAUACCAGCACGCACAGCUAAGCGCCAACGGCUGGCAGACGAAGCCUCUGCGCGCGAAUCCCAAGCGCUGGCAGCAUCGGGCAAGCACGGCCCUUCGUCCAAGUCGAUCGUCAUUCAAUUCAGAUCGGGGCAAGAUGGAGAGGAUUUGGGCAAUCAGAUCCUAUUGCCAGCUGAUACGACUGCGAAGCAAUUGGAAUUGGUGGUCAACAGACUGAGGAGAGAGUUUGGCAAGAAGGCGGGGGAAGAAGAGGAGGAGGGGGAGGAGGAGGACGUACCGUAUGCUUUCCACGUCAAUCUGCCGGAUGCCGCGGCGCAGGUCGGGGAUGAUGGCAGCAAGGCGACGAGCAAUCAGCGCAUACAAAUACACAAGUCGAUCGUAGAGGACGUGCUGUCCAGCUGGCAAUCUCAAAGACUGGGCUUGAGCACCGAAGACGUCUUGCAAGUCAUCUUUCAACCUCAGGCAGUCUUUCGCGUCAGACCCGUCACUCGAUGCAGCAGCACCCUCUCUGGUCACUCUUCGCCCAUCCUCUGCAGCACCUUUUCACCUUCCUCCAAACUGCUAUGCACAGGCGCGGGAGACAAGAGUGCGCGCAUCUGGGACAUUGACUCGGAGCUUCCCCUGCACGCCUUGACUGGACACAGCGGGUGGGUGCUCUGCGCAGAGUGGGAAGGCAGAGAGAGGAGGCUGGCCACAGGAGAUAUGAGCGGCGAUGUGUGGGUGUGGGAUGCCAUGGAUGCAAGCGAUGGCAAGGUGGGCCGCAGAGCUUGGGGAGCAGCUGCUAGAGCCAAGGAGGGCGUCGCUGCAGAGAACGCGGAGCAGCAGCAGCAGCAGCAGAAGGGGAAAGAUGAGGAGCAGAAGGGCAGACCCACAGUGGCAGAGAGACGAUUAGCCAGAGCAUCUGGUCCAAAGGGACGAGCAUUCAAGGGCCACACCAAAUGGAUCACUUCGUUGGCCUGGGAGCCGAUUCACCGCAACACCACUUCACCUCGUCUCGCAUCCUCCUCCAAGGAUGGCACUGUGCGAGUAUGGAACGUGUCGAAUCGCACGCUCUGCUUUGCGCUGGGUGGACACAGUGCUAGCGUCAAUGUGGUCAGAUGGGGAGGUGAGGGUGCCUUGUAUACUGCCUCCAGCGAUAGAACGGUCAAGGUGUGGAACGACCAGACGGGUCAGCUGAUCAGGACGCUCAACGAUCAUGCGCACUGGGUCAACACGCUGGCACUGAGCACCGACCACACGCUCAGGACUGGUCCCUUUGACCACACUGGCUCUUUCGCCAAACCUUCACCUAGCGCUGUUCAGGCUGCACAGACGAGGCUGAAGGAGCAGCGAGCUAGGAGUGCCGCCGAUAUCGUCGGUGCAACCGGUGCAGGGCAAUGCACAGAGCUCGACUUGGCAGCGCAAGCCUCUGCGCAGACUCGCUACGACGCAUCGACAUCGAACAACAAGUUUGAGCGCGCCAUCAGUGGCUCGGACGAUCACACGCUGUUUCUUUGGCCGCCUCAAAUAUCCGGAGACGUGUCCUUGGGCGCCGAAGGCGGUGCUACUCCCAAACGACCAUUGUCCCGCUUCACAGGCCAUCAAAAGACGGUCAAUCACGUAGCCUUUUCUCCAGACGCAAGGCUGAUCGCCUCUGCUUCCUUUGACAACUCGAUCAAGGUGUGGGAUGGCAAGACGGGCAAGUUCGUAGCCACGCUUAGAGGUCACGUUUCCAGCGUGUACAGGAUCGCUUGGAGCGCCGAUAGCAGGAUUCUGGUCAGCGCUUCCAAAGAUUCCACGCUAAAGUUGUGGGACCUAAAGACGUUCAAGGUGGGUUGAUUGUGUACAAGAGCGCUGCACAGCGGCUGACUUUUCUCCGCCACUUUUGGACCCACAGAUUCGAGUAGAUCUGCCUGGUCACGAGGAUGAGGUGUAUUGCGUGGACUUUGCAGCGGACAAGGUUGUCAGCGGCGGUCGCGAUCGUGUAGUCAAAAUUUGGCGCAACUGA